AUGUCUCGGCAGGAGGUGGUAGACAGUCCUAUACUGAGCAACAGCCCUCCUGCUGCUGCUCCAGAAGCACCGUCACCAACCCCCCGACGUAAACGGUCCAAGAUCUCGUUGGCUUGCAACAACUGCCGCUAUCGGAAGACUCGCUGUGAUGGCCGCCUGCCAGUCUGCCUUGCUUGUGAGCGACGACGCGUUGGGUCCACGUGUAUUUUUGAGCGCCCUCCACUGGAUCUUCACAAACAGGACGCAGAAUCAAGGGCUCGACUUCAAAGUAGUCAUCGACGUUCUAUCAUCGAGCCGGACCGAUCUCCCUUGGCACUAGCCGAUAAUCACCAUGGGCACUCGCAACCCGAAACAGACGGAGAGCCCCAUGUCGAUGGAGUCGCGACGGUCACUGCUGAGAACGACACGGCGUUAUACGGGGGCUCUUCCACCAUCAAUCUCAUUCGGCAUAUGGCGAACAGAGCCCAAACAUUUGAUGCAUCAUCAGAAGCCAGGAUCUCAAAGAAGAGAAAUCGCUGCCCGGUCGACACAUCGAGAGCUCAACGAUCGACGGGUUAUGAAGAGAUUUUCCACGAAAGGGACGACAGUGCUGUUGUGUAUCCAGCACGUCGGAACGCAGACGAUUACCUUGCGUGUUACUGGGAAUUCAUCCAUCCGGUUUUCCCUAUUAUCCACAAGCCUUCGCUGGAGAGGCAGUACAGAACCAUGUGGCUUCCAGAAAAUGAGAAAAUUGCCUGUCAGCAGAAGUCUGAUGACAGCCAAAGUAUUUUUCCAUCGAUGCUCAACCUUGUCUUUGCUCUAGGUUGCCAAUUUAGCACCCUGGUCCCAUCCAGAAAGAGAUCCUCAAUUGCCGAUGAUUUCUACCAACGAUCCCGCCGACUGUUUGUUUUCGAUAUCCUGGACUCGUCAUCGUUACCUGCCGUACAGUUGUUGUUACUCCAGGGUGUUUAUCUUCAAUCUUCGAGAUACGCAACCCGCUGCUGGAACGUCGUCGGACUUGCGGUCAGGGCAGCACACAGCUUGGGCAUGCAUAUCGGUGGCAAGCGUGAAGGUGAGACACAGCUGGAUCGUGAAAUGAACCGCAGGAUUUGGCAUACUUGUGUCAUACUGGACAGGUAG